AAAGACCACCACCACCAACUGUGUGAACUUGCACGGUAGGCUACAAUGAGGAACUCGAAGUACUUUACUCUGAUACAAGCAUAAGUUGUAAAUAACUUGUCUUUAUAAGCCAAAUAAGAUGAGAAAAGAAAGCAGAUAAUAGAAGACACUCACAUAGGAAUUGUGGGUCCUUUUUGGUCAUGGUUUUAGCUCAUUCAACGACCAUGGAUUAGCUCACAAGUGAGGUAGCCUACUUUUGUUUUUUUUAAUGCUUAAGUUGUUUUUGAACGCAACUUGGAAGCUGACUUUUGUGCAUCUGUUAAGAGUGUCCUUCUUACAGGAAAAGAAAAAUACGUUAAGAUGGAAAAUAGCGCCAUUUAUGUCCGAGAAAGAGGAAACCUUCGUCGUGUCAGUGACAUAGUCCUGGCCCAGCCAAAGCCUGUGUCAUCAUGCAGAAGGACAAAUCCCUUUGUGCUGAGAAAAGAGAACUUUAUAUUCACCUACAAUGCAGAGGGAAGUCUGAGAUACACAACCAAAUCUCUCUUUGACAUCACUCUGUUAUUCGUAGCUGACAACAUUCACCAUGUGGACUCUCUGGUGGGCUUCCCUGAUCAAAUAGGAGACAGACUGUUUGCAGCAGCAGAGGAGAAUCGUGUAUUUUUAAACGCAGACAUUUCCUCAAAAGCCCUGCAGUUAUUCAGUGACGCUUAUGGGGAGAUGGUGCUUGGAUCCCUCUGUCUGAGAAAUAGAUUUCCACUCUUGCAUGAGAGGAUGGAUGAAAUAAAAACAUUUCAUAGUCUGAAGUGUCUGGAUCUGUUUGGCUGCAGACUGGGUGAUGAUCAUGAGAUAUUCCAGCAUUUAACAUCAUCAAGCUCAUUGGCAAGCAGCCUAAUGCAGCUUUCCAUUGGUGGUAACAGGCUGUCAGACGUGGGCCUCCAAAGAUUUACUGCACCUAUUCGGAUGCAGAGGAAAGGACUGGACUGUCUUCAGUUACUUGACGUUUCCUAUAACCCUAUAUCAGUCAGGGCUUUGAGAUACAUCACAUGCUUCCCCAAACUUGAAAAUCUUGAUGUAUCUGGGACCAGUUUGAAGCUUGGCACAGGAUUGAAGACCACCAUAUGGGACCUGUUGGGGCUCAUUUAUUCUGAGAAAUCACUAGACAGCUUUGAUCACUCGAGAUGUAAAACAGAAGGCUGGGCAGAGCAGGUGGUAAACCAGUGGGAAACAAAUAACUCACAAAUGCCAACACUGAAGAAAAUUGAUGAAUCCAGAACAUCAGCACUUCACUUUUUUGGCAGGCAGAAGUUUGUCAGAGACGUACUGAAUGCAGCACCCUUGGUAUGCGAGAGCGAGGAAGAGGCCCAGAGAGAGAGACUGCAUUUCUUCCGACCUGCAGCAAACAGUCACAUACCUGAGAAACAGACUCCUUCCACAACAAAUCAACAAGGCAAACCUUCCUGGCUCAAAAAAAGGCAGCGUCAGUCAGAGAGGUGUGACAGUUCACGUCAAAGUCCUCCAACCAAACGUCUUCCCUCAUCAGCUCUUACUGCAGAGGACCUUGACUUGUUGAACAAAUACUGAACUAUUCGCCCUUGUAGCAUGCCACAAAGAGCAGAGAGCAGCUUUGGUAUGCAGGUUAACUGGUAACACAUAAGUGCAAAUUACAAUAAUGUUUUUCAAGAUGAUUCAAACUGAUGAACCGUCUUGGAUACAGGUGGUGUUGUGUAUAUAUAUUUUUAUAAAUAAAGUUUAGUAUUUUGUA